AGAAGAGGAAAGUUGUAUCACAACAAAAACGGCAUUUUUGAAGUUUCUGCCAGAUCUAACCUCGUCUUCUAAUUCUCCACAUUAUUUUACAAUGCAGAAGAGGUAGCACUAUAACUAGUUAUUUAUCGUUUCUGAUGAAAUUAUAUUUCAAUUUACCCAGUCAGAGCGCGCAAUGGCCGUAUACCACGACGAAGUCGAAAUCGAAGAUUUCGAGUACGACGAAGACGAAGAGAUGUACUACUACCCGUGCCCGUGCGGGGAUCGGUUUCAGAUCAGCAAGGAGGAACUGAUAGCAGGCGAGGAGGUGGCCACAUGCCCGAGCUGCUCGCUGAUCGUGAAAGUUAUCUACGACCCGGAAGCCUUCCUGGCGGAACAGGACGAGGUGGAAACGACAACGACCGAACGGGAUAAAGAAACUACGGUUGGAGACUGAUUACCUAUAUAAACUAGAAAGUUAACUUUAAGUUGCUAGUCAACAUUAAGGUAAGUGAACGGGAUCAAAUUCACAAUUGAUGCUUGACGUAAUGAAUAGAUUUAAAAAUAUGUUUCAAAGUUUUGUAAAUAUUCAUACAAAUAAUUGCUUGACCUGAUCAAAAAUAUUGUAUUAUCAGGCUAUCAUUUUUAAUAAAGCACCAAAUAUUAAUCAA